AUAUCAACAGCUGUCACGGGCAGUGUCAGAACGGAGCCACGUGCAAGGACGGGCGGAGCGGGUACGUGUGCGUGUGCCCGCCCGGCUACGCGGGCCGGCACUGCGAGGUCCAGAGGAACGGCUGUGCCAGCGACCCGUGCCAGAACUCCGCCAAGUGCCACGUCCUCCCGGACGGGUUCAUGUGCGAGUGCCCAAGCGGGUUUUCCGGAACCACCUGCGAGGUACAGACGGCCCCCUGCAGCCCUAACCCCUGCCAGAACAAGGCCCAGUGUCACAGUCUGAUGGGAGACUUCUACUGUGCAUGUCCAGACGACUACGAAGGCAAGACCUGCUCUGAGCUGAAGGAUCACUGCCAGACCAACCCUGAUCGACAGCUGUACCGUUGCCGUGGCCACCAACGACACCAGGAAGGGGUGUGGCACAUAUCGUCCAAUGUGUGCGGCCCCCACGGUCGCUGCAUCAGCCAGCCGGCCGGGAACUUCACCUGCUCUUGUGAUCCGGGCUUCACUGGUCUCUACUGUCACGAGAAUAUCAACGACUGUGUCGCCUCCCCCUGUAAGAAUGGAGGAACCUGCAUCGAUGGCAUCAGCUCCUUCCAGUGCUUCUGCCCUGACGGCUGGGAGGGCCCUCUGUGUGACCUUGACGUGAACGACUGCGUGAGGAACACCUGCAAGAACGGCGGACGCUGUGUGGACCUGCUCAACGACUUCUACUGCAGUGCACCGACAACUGGAAGGGCAAGACCUGCCACUCACGUGAGAGCCAGUGUGAUGCCAGCACCUGCAGUAACGGAGGCACGUGCUACGACCACGGUGACUUGUUCCGCUGUGCGUGCCCCUCGGGUUGGAGAGGCAGCACCUGCAACAUCGCCAAGAACAGCACGUGUGACUCUGGUCCUUGCGAGAACGGGGGGACUUGCGUGGGAGGCGGGGACACGUACACCUGCAUCUGCAAGGACGGCUGGGAAGGAGCCACCUGUGGACAGAAUGCCAACGACUGCAACCCUCACCCCUGGUAAGUGUCGAAACGUGAACGUAACACGCAAACGAAAGGUUGAAUGAAGUCAGGGGUGUUUUAUUUGAUGUUGCCGAGUGCCACUUUCUGACCCCAUCCUGUCAGAUGGUCCCGUGUGAAUAUCCUACUCCGUGAUGGAGGGUGUUAGAGAGGAUCACUCGCACACAAACUGUCCCACUAACUACACAACCUC